GUCUCUUGCUGCAGCAACGCGAGUGGGAGCACCAGGAUCCCGGGCUCGGAACCCGACUACACGGAUUGUUUUAAGAAAAUGGCAGACAAACCAGACAUGGGGGAAAUCGCCAGCUUCGAUAAGGCCAAGCUGAAGAAAACGGAGACGCAGGAGAAGAACACCCUGCCGACCAAAGAGACCAUUGAGCAGGAGAAGCGGAGUGAAAUUUCCUAAAAUCCUGGAGGAUUUCCUACCCCCGUCAUCUUCGAGACCCCAGUCGUGAUGUGGAGGAAGAGCCACCUGCAAGAUGGACACGAGCCACAAGCUGCACUGUGAACCUGGGCACUCCGCGCCGAUGCCACCGGCCUGUGGGUCUCUGAAGGGACCCCCCCAAUCGGACUGCCAAAUUCUCCGGUUUGCCCUGGAAUAUUAUAGAAAAUUAUUUGUAUGAAUAAUGAAAAUAAAACACACUUCGUGGCAU